GUCUUAUCUUUGGCUUGCCUGUGGCUGGCUGGCCUAUUAGUGUUGUGGGCAACUAAUCCGUCCAUUUUAGAUGGCUGCCCCCACUACAUAGUAAUACUAAAAACCUCAACUACCCCGCGGCUAGCUCAGUCCCUGUGUGUCACUUGCGACUGUCCUCUCAUAAAAGCCUCAGCCCCGCCCAUGCGACACUUGGAUUGUUUUCUUGCAACUCCUCCAAUCCCGCCGUCCACAUUGAUCAACACCUUUUCUUCGUUCCAUAACCAUUCUUCGUGCAGAUCGCACCUUUCUUUUAUCCUCGUCCAACGACCCCUAGAUCGACCUCGCAUCGCAUUCCGCAACCAUGGCUUCCAACCAACAUGUCUCGUACACGCAAAACUUGAUGAAGUACAUGACGCUCGACCAGAAGGGAAACGUCAUGGCGGAGUACAUCUGGAUCGACGCUGUCGGUGGAGUCCGUUCCAAGAGCCGAACCAUCACCAAGGUACCCGAGGGUGGACAGUUCAAGCCUGAAGAUCUACCAGUCUGGAACUUCGACGGUUCUUCCACCGACCAGGCGCCUGGCGACAACUCCGAUGUCUACCUGCGACCUGUCGCUGUCUUCCCCGAUCCCUUCCGUCUCGAGGGAGGCAUCCUGGUACUUUGCGAGUGCUGGAACGCCGAUGGCACCCCCAACAAGUACAACCACCGCCACGAAUGCGCCAAGCUGAUGGAGACCCACGCCGCCCACGAGCCCUGGUUCGGUCUGGAGCAGGAGUACACUCUUUUCGACAUGGAGGACCGCCCCUACGGCUGGCCUCGCGCUGGUUUCCCUGCUCCCCAGGGCCCCUACUACUGCGGUGUUGGCGCCGGCAAGGUCGUAUGCCGUGAUAUCGUUGAGGCCCACUACAAGGCCUGCUUGUACACCGGUGUCAAGAUCUCAGGUACCAAUGCGGAGGUCAUGCCCGCCCAGUGGGAGUUUCAAGUUGGUCCCUGCGAGGGAAUUGAGAUGGGCGAUCACCUCUGGAUGGCUCGCUUCCUCCUCCAUCGUGUCGCUGAAGAAUUCGGUGCCAAGGUCUCCCUAGACCCCAAGCCUAUCCCUGGUGAUUGGAACGGUGCUGGCCUGCACAGCAACGUUAGCUACAAGGCGACGCGCGAGGAGGGUGGUAUGAAGCACAUUGAGUCUGCGAUCAAGAAGCUCGAAGGCCGACACAAGGAGCACAUUCUCGUCUAUGGAGAAGGCAACGAGCUCCGCCUGACUGGCAACCAUGAGACGGGUGCCAUUGACAAGUUCACAUACGGUGUCGCCAACCGUGGCGCUUCCAUCCGAAUCCCCCGGGAAUGUGCCGCUAAGGGCUUUGGCUACUUCGAGGAUCGUCGUCCUGCGAGUAAUGCUGACCCGUAUCAGAUCACGGGCAUCAUCAUGGAGACCAUCUUUGGUGAGGCCACCAAGGAGUAGAUUCGUUGAUACCCAUUUUUUCAGUCUGAUAUUUUGAGCGGCGAGAGGCUCGGUGUGCUGCAUCAGAAUACCUGCCUCAUUGUAAAACAUAUUCGUCAAAGAAUUCCGCGUUCUUUUGAUCUUGGCUCGUCUUUGACGAGUCGAUCCUCCCCGUAUUUUGUGAGUCGGUGGCCUUGAAGCCAUGGGCAUGGAACAUCGUAGCGGGUUGCAUUUAGCCAUGAAGUUGAUGAUAAGUCAGAAGAUAACCUCGAAGGAAUGACCUCCAAGGAAUAAUUCAAACACAUUCACGUUCUCGAAA